AUGGGCUUCGCUUUGGAGCGUCUCGCGGAAGCCGUGGACCCCGCUUUCCAGUGCCAGCUACUGUGUGGCCAGGUACUGGAGGAGCCCGCGUGCACGCCUUGCGGGCACGUCUUCUGCGCCAACUGCCUGCUGCCCUGGGCGGCGGGGAGACGCUGGUGCCCGCUGCAGUGCCAGCCGCUGGCGCCGGGCGAGCUGUACCGGGUGCUGCCGCUGCGCAGCCUGGUCCAGCAACUGCGCGUGCAGUGCAACUACAGCGGACAGGGCUGCAGCCACCGGGGCGACUGUGGGUGCUGGCAGUGCACAUCCAGCGCUGCGCCUUCAGCCCUGCCAGCGACUGUGACAGCCACUGCCCAGGCGGCAGUGGAGGCGGCGGGGAGGAAAAGCACCCGGCGACCAAGACCUGCGGGAGUGGGGACGCACGUGAGGGGCCACCCGGACCUGGAGGUCGGCCUCUGGUCGUCGCCUGCUGGGGGAAAGACGCGGCGGGCGCAGGUCAGCUUGUUGCAGCGCAGGUAUCAGAAGUUGGCUCGGUACAUGGCGCACACGCGCAACUUCGUCGGGGACCCGGGAGGCCGCGGUCAGGAUGGAGAACGGAGGCCGUUCACUGUUGUGUUGGAAAGAGAAGAUGACACUUUGGGAUUCAACAUAAUAGGAGGCCGCCCAAACCAGAAUCCCCAGAAGCAAUCGGCAUCUGAGGGAAUUUAUGUCUCAAAAAUUGUAGAAAACGGACCUGCAGACCGAGCAGAUGGCCUGGAGAUUCAUGACAAAAUCAUUGCGGUCAAUGGCAGGGAUCUCUCAAAGGCCACUCAUGAAGAGGCAGUGGAAGCUUUUCGAACCGCCAAGGAGCCCAUAGUGGUACAGGUGUUAAGGCGGACUCCCCUCAGCCGGCCAACAUAUGGCAUGGUCCCGGAAGUACAGCUCACGAAUGCCAGCACACAGACGGACAUCACUUUUGAACACAUCAUGGCCCUGGCGAAGCUUCGACCACUCACCCCUCCGGUGCCUGACACCUGUCCGUUUUUGCUUUCAGACAGCUGCCACUCCCUUCAUCCGAUGGAGCAUGGGUUUUAUGAAGACCAUGAGUAUGUUUCCAGCUUGCCCGCUGAUGUAGAAAGAGCAGAAGACUUUGAAUAUGAGGAGGUCGAGCUGUGCCGUGUUAGCAGUCAAGAGAAGCUGGGCCUGACAGUCUGCUACCGAACCGAUGAUGAAGAAGACACGGGCAUUUAUGUCAGUGAGGUUGACCCAAAUAGCAUCGCUGCCAAGGAUGGCCGGAUUCGAGAAGGGGAUCGUAUUUUACAAAUAAAUGGGGAAGACAUCCAGAACCGGGAAGAGGCCGUGGCUCUGCUCUCCAGCGAUGAGUGUAAGAGAAUUGUGCUGCUCAUCGCCAGGCCCGACAUGCAGCUGGAUGAAGGCUGGCUGGAAGAUGAAAGGGACGAAUUCUUAGAGGAGUUAAACUCAGAGAUGGUGGAGGAAGAGCAUAAUGAAGGAGCACAACGCACAGCCAAUGAGCUGCAGCAGCCAAAAAAGCAAGAGGAAGAAGAAGGCACAACAGACACGGCCACCUCCUCCUCCAACAACCAGGAGAAGGACAGUGGUGUGGGGCGCACGGAUGAGAGCUUGCGGAAUGAUGAGAGCUCGGAGCAGGAGAACGCAGUGGAGGAGCCCCACGGCACAGCCCUGAAGAGCAAGAGAGAGCUGGGGCAGAGCCAAGACACGCUAGGGAGCAUUGAGCAUCAGUGCAACGAGAGCUGUGCUGGGGGUGAGUGCUUAGACUGUGCCAGCAACCAGGAGGUGUGUGAAGGCUUCCAGCAGCUGUUGGAGCUUAAGAUUCGAAACCACGGAGAUUAUGACCUGUACUACUCAAGCAGUACCAUCGAGUGCAAUCGAGGGGAACAGGACGGGGUGGAGCACGAGCUGCAGCUGCUUAACGAGGAGUUGAGAAACAUUGAGCUAGAGUGCCAGAACAUCAUGCAGGCCCACAGGCUCCAGAAAGUGACGGACCAAUAUGGAGACAUCUGGGCAUUACAUGAUGGGGGAUUCCGAAAUUACAACACCAGCCUGGAUGUGCCAAGGGGGAAACUGGAUGACAUCAUGGAACACCCAGAAAAGUCAGACAAGGACAGCUCGAGUGCGUACAAUACAGCGGAGAGCUGCAGAAGCACUCCGCUGACAGUGGACAGGUCCCCGGACAGUUCCCUUCCAAGAAUGAUCAACCUCACCAAUAAGAAAAACCUGAGGAGCAUGAUGACAGCCCAUCAGUCCCCUCCCAGACAGAGCUCCAGGGAAUACACAUCAACCAAAGUCAAAGCCACCGAUGAAGGUUGCAGCGUCGAAAGCCUGGAGAAGAGUCUAGAAAGCGGCCAACUUCUGGAUCAAGAGCACACAGUCAGCGAGCAUCCUCCAUACCUCUCUCCUUACCACAGCUCCUCCUACAGAUACGCCAACAUUCCGGCGCAUGCCCGGCAUUAUCAGAGCUACAUGCAGUUAAUUCAACAGAAAUCGGCUGUGGAGUAUGCCCAGAGUCAGCUCAGCUUGGUGAGCAUGUGCAAGGAAUCGCAAAGGGGUUCGGAGCCCAAGAUGGAAUGGAAGGUAAAAAUUAGGAGUGAUGGGACCCGGUACAUCACCAAGAGGCCAGUGCGAGACCGACUUCUGAAGGAACGUGCCUUAAAGAUCAAGGAGGAGCGGAGUGGCAUGACCACAGAUGACGACACCAUGAGUGAGAUGAAAAUGGGGCGCUACUGGAGCAAGGAGGAAAGAAAGCAACACCUGGUCCGUGCCAAGGAGCAAAGGCGGCGCCGGGAGUUCAUGAUGCGGAGUCGGCUGGAGAGCCUGAAGGAGAGCCCGCAGAGCAGCGGCGAAGGCAAGAAGGAGCUGAGCAUCAUCGAACUAAGCCACAAAAAGAUGAUGAAAAAAAGAAACAAGAAAAUUUUGGAUAACUGGAUGACAAUCCAAGAACUGAUGACCCAUGGAGCCAAAUCCCCAGAUGGCACUAGGGUCCACAAUGCCUUUCUGUCGGUGACCACCGUAUGACCAGACACAUAGGGACAACUGGCUUAGAGAACACGCUACCAGUUUCGGUAGAGUAUCAUUGCCUCGUUCAAUGUGGCAUUUUUAUAUAUAUUUUGUGACUUUACAGUUUAAAUUUUUUGUAAGCAAAAAUACCUGGUACUUUUUAAUUUGUUUUUCAUAUGCUGGUACCUUCUUUGACUAAUAUCUUUCCUUAACUUGUGAUAUAUUCAUAGCACACAUUUAUAGAAAAAAAUAAAACAAAAGGAAAGAAAAAAAACGAACGAAAAUACUAAGGACCUAAUUAAUUUCCUAUUUUAAUGUAUCUAUUGUAAGUUAAAAAUCUGGAUUUAUUUCUCUAAUUUUCUUAUUUGCUAUUUUAAUAGUUCAAUGCCAAAACACGUCUAUGCUUACCUCCUGGCAUAGUGUAUGCUAAAUCAGAUCUGCUACUAAACUACAUGCCGCAUCUUGUCUUAUACAUGAAGUAGCACCCUUUUAACACCCUCCUGUACAUUUAACACAUAAAUGGCAAUUGUCUUUGUCUCGGUAAAGUGUGGGUGGACAAUCUUCCCGUGAUAUGUAGUGACACUGGUCAUGUAGCUAGAUAAUUGUGGUAAUUUGUGACAAUAAAAAAUAAAUUAUUGAUUAUCCUUAUGAAAAGUUAACCAAGGACUGUUAUUUUCUUUGCCCACUGUGGUUAACAUGUUUGGUUGUACGUAUACUAUUAGAAGACUCUUAAUUGUGAAUUAUAAAUUGUGAAGUUUUUCUAUCACCUUUUGUUUCUUUUCCAAUAAAG